AUGCCAAAUGCAACAUCUCAAUAUACUUUGUUCUCACCAGCAACUUCUUAUAAUAUUUCUGCUUGGAAUUCUAAUAACAAUCCACAAAAGUAUUAUAAACAACAUAGAGAAAAAACUUCAAACAAAGAUAUACAGUCUCAAUGUACUUUACACUUACUGGAAAAUUCUUAUAAUACGACUGCUAAUACUAAUUCACAAGAGUUAAACUUUUCAGAUGAAGAAUCAUUAAUCAAUUGGUUGUAUAUGGCAGCUCUUGCUAAAGAUUUGCUUGUUAAAAAUUACAAGCAAUUUGUUGCCAGUAAAGUUUGGUGGCAAAAACUUAGUAAAUAUCUUAAUGCUAGUGAUUUUUCAGAGUUCAAAAAGUCUUCUUCCUCACUCAAGUCUCUUGAAAACUUUGUUGCUGAAAGUUUAAAGAUUCAUAUUAAAUAUUUGGUUGCAGUUCAUAAUCAAGAAAAGCCAUCCUAUAGUGAAAAUGUCUUGGCAAAAAUUAAGAUACUUGAUCAACUCACUUUUCAUUUAACUAUUCCGUUGGCAAGUUGA